GAUUUGAUCGGCCAUCCGACCUCUUGCUCUGUCCGAGUGAAACUGGAGGGAAAACGAUGAAGAGCAGAGGUCGCGGCCGCGCGAAGCCGUCCUUCGUUCCUCCUCCUCCGCUGCCGGACCUCCGCCAGUUUGGCGGCGGGGGCCGCGACUCCGACGCCAGCUUCGCCAGCGGCCGCCCCUCCUCCGCCGGCGUCGGCCGCUCCUCCGCCGCCGCCGACCUCGUCAACGACCGAUCCUACCAGCAGUCCGCCGUCCGCGCCGUCAACUGCUACCUCUCCUCUCGCGCCUUCCCUGUCCUCAUCAAGACCGCCCUGCCCUCCGCUAAGGACAUCACUGCCAUCUCCAACUUCGUCGUCUCUCAGCUCGAUUACCCGAACCCUAAGAUGGAGGACGACCUCCCCAUCCUGCUCCGAUCGCUCAACUGCCCUUUCAAAGUCAGUAAGUCGGCUCUCCGCACGCCCGCCACUCCCCACGCCUGGCCGACGUUCGUUGCCGUCUUGCACUGGCUCGUUCAGAUCGCGUCCUACAAUGAGCACUUAGCUUCUAAGUCUCGCUCGUUUGGGGAUAACAACACCAUGGACGAGUAUGCACUCCAAAGCUACUUGCAUUUCAUAGAUGGAGAUGAUGACUCUGUUGAUGCAUUGGAUAGGGAGUUUGUGGCUAAGUUGGAGGAGGAGAGAAAUAACCUCGCUGAGAAUGUGGCGAGUUUGGAGAAGAAUGCCUCGGAAGUCGAGGCAAGAGUGGAGAAGCUGCGGACGGGGCCGUCGGAGAGGGAAUUGCGUGAGCAGGAGAAGAGCGUGCUUGAGGAAGAUGUGAAGAAGUUCGAUACGAUGAUAGCGAAGAUCACAGGGAGGAUCUCGGAUUUGCAGGAGGAAUUGGAAAAGAAGGAGAAGGAGUUGAAGGCCAAGGAGGAGGAGAAGGGGAGGAUUUGCGAGGAGAAUGAGGAAUUGAAGAGGACGAUCCAGCUGCAGACGUUUAAUUCCAGGGAUGCGGAGAGAAUGAAGAAGGAGUUGCAGGCGGUGGAGGGGGAGAUUGCUGAUGCUGAAAUUGAGAGGAACAACUACGAGGAGAAGUGUUGGGAUCUUGAUAGGACCCUCGCUCUCAAAUUCAAGGAGCUCGAGGAACUUGCCAAGGAAUGUAACAAGGCUGUCCGGAAGUCAAAGCUUGGUGCAGAUUACCAGUAUGUGUUGACUGCAAAAGGGUCUACACCUGCUGAGGUGAUGGGCAUUGACUACAAGUCGACACUAAAGCCAGCACUCGACUUGCAUGCCGAUGACAUAAACAGAAGCUCGGUGGAAAAACUUGAAGAGUUAAUCAUCCUUCAGCAACAGUCCAAAGAAACUGCUGCUAGAAUCGAGGAGAAGAAAAAUCGUGUUAUGCAACUUCAUUCGCUUGUUGAUGAACUUGAAGGUCAAAUGAAUCUACUGAAGCAAGAAAUGCAAGACUUCAUUCAUAGAUGUGCACUGGAGGUGCAAAGGAUGGUGGAGGACGUCGAAGUAGAAGCUCAUAACUUGGACAUUGUGGAAAGAGAAGCUGCAGAGAUCUUGAAGACAUCUAAAAUGAUGCAGCAGGAAGCCAUUAGAGAAAGUGAGGAAGAAAUCCAGAAGUGCGCUUUUGAGCUCUUUUCAGUGGUUGAUAUGGUGUCAAAGCACAAAGAGUAUACGGAAUGCAAAAUCUUGGAGAUGCAGACCCACCUCUCGGAGACUGUGAACGCUAUCUCAGCGGACUACAGAGCCUCCUUCACAAAUGAGCUUGAUGGUUUGAAGCAUGCAAAUCAUUGAAAACAAUAAGUUAUUACAAUACCAUCAUAAAUCCUCGCUUCCUUGGUCUCUUUUGUUUUCUGCUCAAGCUGCUUGCUUCUCACCUGACUGACUGGUCUCUCUGCGAUUUGGGUACACAUAUGUCUUAUAGUCUUGUUCCGACGUCCUCUUGCACUCAUUUGUAAAUGGAAACUGUCAAUCCAGUCAA